AACUAUACUUAUCAACUUAUUUUGGUUGCCUCCAAUUCAAUUCUUCAUUUUCUCCCUCUUUUCCAUCAGGGCGGAAAGUUCGACCAUGCUGACCGCAGUUUUUAUUCGAUCGCCAGAACCUGGCAGAAUUGUCAGCUUCACACGUCCGAUGUCAAGGAGUUGAUUCCGGAAUUUUUCUACCUAUCCGAGAUGUUUGAAAACCGCAAUUCCUUUGAUCUGGGCCACACCGAGGAUGGUCUUCGAGUAAACGACGUCAUCUUGCCGCCAUGGGCGAGCACUCCGGAGGACUUUGUCCGAAUAAACCGACAAGCUCUUGAGUCGGAGUUCGUCUCCUGUCACUUGCAUCAUUGGAUCGACUUGAUAUUCGGCUACAAACAGCGUGGACCAGAGGCCAUCAAAGCGACCAAUGUCUUCUGCAACUUGACCUACGAAGGCAGCGUCGAUUGGAGCAAGGUAUCACUUCCAGCUUUGACAAUUUUAAUCUUACCUUCUUUGUUACUAGCCUUUCGGACAACGUAA